ACGCAUCAUCUUUAGCGAGUAGUAGUACUGCCAUCGGAAAAUGGAGAGGGCUCCGUCGCCUCUGCUGCUGCUGCUGCUGCUGCUAUCUUCCCUCGCCGUCGUCCGCUCCGCCGCCGUUGUGUCGGCUCCGAUCAAGACGCCUUCCGUCGCUCCCAAAUCCCUUCCUAUCAACUACAUCCAGGAAGUCGGAAGCUGCGCCUACGAAGUUACCAUAGCUACAAGCUGUUCUUCAGCUCCAUUUACCACCGGCGAAAUUGGUGUUCUGUUUGGAGAUUCUCAUGGAAAUCAGAUCAUCGAGAAAAAGUUGAAUAACGGAGACAAGGUGUUUGAUAGUUGUAGCACAGAUAGCUUUGUUCUAAAGGAUCGACCCUGCAGUGUUGGAAUCAGUUAUAUGUAUAUCUACAAAGAUGGGGCUGAAAAUUGGGUUCCAAAAUCUGUUGAAAUCUCUGGCUCUGAAACCGAGCCCCUGCUGUUCAACUUCAAUUCCUCCAUCCCAAACAACACUUGGUUUGGCUUUGAUGUGCCUCCAUAUACUUUCCCGCCGCCGUCCGACGACUCGCCCCCACCUUUUCCCUGGUUGUCUCCUCCGCCACCGCCGCCUGAGCCACCAGUGGAGCCUGUGUUUCCCCCACCGCUUCCUCCAUCGUCCUCCAGCAAACUAUCAGGUCAGAAAUGGGGUAUCAUAGCCGGGAUUCUGGGAUUGCUGAUUGUUGCUCUUCCGUGAUUCUGCUGCAGCAAUUUGCUCUAUGUAAUGGUUUGGUCUGUAGUUCUUCGUUUAUAGUAUGGUUUUAGUACGUAGUUUUGUAGUGGUGGGUCACCGGUGAUACUAUAUUUAUGUUUCAUCCCCUCUCCACCAUGUUUAAGUUAUCUGUGUGUGGUUUCAUAAUUCAGAACGAUGCUGAAACUUCAUCUUAUUCAGCUGAAUGGGAUGUAUGCUUUCAAUUUAGACUCGUAACUUUAAUGGCUUAUAUUUACUCUGCAACUAUAUAGAUGGUGUUUUUAUUUA